AUGGACCCACGAAAAGCUAGACCACCAAACCCAACAAUCGAUCAGAACGCUUUCAAAGGAAAGAAGCCGAACAAAGUCAUCUCUGUCCCUGUCGGGUUCCGCCGUCCCACUUAUGCCAGAGAACGUGAGCAGAUCGUUAGCGAUGUCAAAGCCAGUACGGGAUGCGCCGUAAUUCCACAUUGGAAUUACAAACGGGAUCAAGACCAAAGCAUUAUCUAUCAAUUUGAUAUCUUCGGGACCGGCACAGCCCUGGAGAAAGCUGUUCGUCACAUCAACCAGUGGAUAUCAAAAGCGCAGACCAAGACAAAAGACUCGUCGGCAUGGGCAAAGACACCGGCGUUCGACUCGAACAAGUGGUAUUACGAGCAAGUUGAUGAUAUGAAGCAGAGACACAAACAAAGCUUCAAGGAAGCACCAUCUGAAGAUAUACGCUGGCCUGCCGAACUCGACGACCGUAAUAUCGCGCCUCGAGAUGCCUUUGGCAACAAGUUAGAGUUCUUGGAUGCCCUCAGAACGCGCAACGAAGUAUUUAUUACUCUUUUGGGGAACAGGAGCAGCGACUGGCAAAUGAAAAUCCAGUCUCAUGAUGCUGCAAACCUUGAAGUGGCUGUAGAGGAGGUGAAGAACAUGAUUGAAAAAAUCAAGACUGAGGAAAUGGGACUCUGCUCAACCAACAUGAUUCUGGAUGAUCAAGAAGGCAUGGAAGUCGUUUUCAGACAAGCUGAUACAUGGUGGCCGCAAAUCGAGAACCGGACUUCACCCCGCUUUCUUUCAAGUGACAUGAUGGAGCCUCCUGGCAGUUUUCGCGGACAGACACUACAUUUAUUGGAACUGUCAACAAUUCAGCGUUCUUUCCAAUUGGCUCUCGAAGCUGUGAGGCAUAGAAAAGGCGCAUACGACUUAGUCAUCCGCUUGGGCUGUCUAUCAGUUCGCUCAGACGAUAUCAAGAAUGAGAAAGUUGAGGUCAAAUACAGUAAGGGGACAUUUUUGAGAUCAAUCAACGGUCAUCUUGCACUGGGUGUUGAGAGAUGGCUGGCUGACGAUACAUCCGGUCAACAGAUGCUGACAUCCCUCUGCUCAUCUGACAAACUCCUCGAACCCACCAAAUCCUCUAGCUACUCUGGCUAUAGACCUGACACGCUCGAGAAAACUAGACCAAUGUUCAGAGGGAUGUGGAUAUUCCGGGAUCCAAACACACCAGCGACUUCUGGCCAAACGCCUGUGACUGCGCCACCAAAGUAUAUCCUGGUCCAAGUUGACUGGACUGAUGAUAACGAAGGUUCGUAUGAGAAGGACACGCCGCGAUUCUAUGAGCUGGAGACAGGCGCCGUAGGUCCCAAGCAGCACAUGGAUAUCAAACUAUUGGAACUAGGAGAGGGCCGUGGGUGGCACUUUGCACUGGAGUCCAUAAAACCUGUGUCUGCAAAGAGCAUGUCUCCCCUCCUUACCCGAUUUAUCGAGGGUUUGAGGAUGAAACAUGGUUACAAUCCCCAGUCCGCUGACCUCUUUGCUGAAUGGGAGAAAUCACCGGCUGUCAAGAAUUACCUAGUGACUGAACGUUUGAUUGUCAUCUACUCUUUCGGAAUCAAGGAGACAUCCUACAAGGUCGAGCUCGCACGCAUCUGGCACACGGAUCGGCAGCCAGUGUGGAGUCUUGCUGUUCGUCAUGCCGAGUGGGCAAACCGUCUUUCAGAGCUGGAGCAUCUCCCUACAGGUCGCAAGGCCAACUGGGGUAAUACCAUUACCAGUUUUCUACCAAAUGACGGACAGUCUUCGUACAACACUGGCGACGAAGACGAGGACUUGGGCUUGAGUAACCUCGAUCUUGGUUCUGGCGUUGAAGCGCCUGCUCAGGAUGGUAUCCGCAUUCUGAUAGACAAGCUGCUUCAGAUCUCGGCCGUUGUCAGCUCGGUCAAGAAAGAUGAGGGGGGUGUUGCUAUAUGA